AUGUCAAGCAAAUAUGAUGUCGAAAAAGUCCCGACAAUUCAACAAUCCGAUAUGACUUCUGAUGCUUCAUCAACUAAGAUAGAACGUGCUGUCCAGUACGUUAAACGAAAUUCCAAGAAUGCAUUCAUUACAGUACUUGUGUUCAUCGUCCUUUUUGUAUUACUUGCUCUAAUUUUUGCAGUACCAAUAGCUCAGGUGAUUAUUGGAUUUUCACAUAAGAAUUCAUGUCCUAUAAAUCAUUUAAUUCCAAUCUAUCUUAUUGUCGCCGGUUUCGCUACAUUGGUUCUACUAAUCAUUACAUGCAUAAAGUUUUUCUAUGAAAAGUCAACAUUCUGGAGUAUUUUACAAAUUCUAUCAGGACUAUUUUGUCUUGCUUGGUUUAUAACUGGAAGUGUUUGGAUUUUUCGAGCUAAAGGAAAGGUUCAAUAUUAUUAUCCUUAUUAUGAAAGUACUUAUUGUGACUACACAUUAUUUAAUUUCGCAUUUGGAACACUCUUCAUUAAUUAUGGACUCCUUUUUGGUCAUGUUUGUAAUAAUAGUGAAAAUAAAAGAUGA